AUUCCAGAUAUUGCUGUAUUUUAUAUGUGCCUACCAGAACAUCUCUUGUGAUAUUCACUACUUGACUUCUGUGUUCAUGUCUAUUACCCCUGAGCACACCUGCAAACCCACGGGCCUAGUCAAACAGGCUAUCUCCCACAAUUACUCUACCUGGAAGUUGGAGGACAUCUUGGCCCUGUUGUCUCCAGGCCAGAAAGAUCACAUUACAGUGAAGCUGCAGGAUAGUGAGACCUGGGAGCUUUCAAGAUGCAGCAGGAUCUGGAGGGAGAACACAUCACAUUUUGACUACGAGUAGAGUGGCUAUAAGCGUGCCAUUCCUUGCUUGGACGGUUACGUAUAUGACCAGAGCAAGUGGAAAAGUUCUAUGGUGUCCAGGUGGAAUCUGGUCUGUGAGCAGAAGUGGUAUGCAAAGGCAAUUCAGCCCAUAUUCAUGCUAGGAAACCUGCUGGGAGCGAUUAUUUUUGGCUGCCUUUCUGACAGGCUGGGAAGACAACUGAUUCUGUGGUCCACAAGCAUAGGCAUGUUUUUGUCCGGAGUAUCAUCAGCCUUGAUGUUUGAUUAUUUCAGCUUCAUGGCCUCACGCUUUUUGCUUGCCAUGGCUGUAAGUGGCUAUCUUGUGGUGGUAUUUGUCUAUGUGAUGGAAUUCAUUGGCAUGAAGUCUCGGACGUGGGCAUCCAUCCAUAUGCACACGUUUUUUGGAAUUAGAACCAAGUUGGUGGCUUUGGUAAGCUACUUCAUCAGAACCUGGUGGCUUUAUCAGAUGACCUUUUCCACAGCAACUGUUCCCUUUAUCUUGUGCUGUUGGAUGCUCCCAGAGACACCUUUUUGGCUUCUCUCAUAAGGCAGGUAUAAAGAAGCACAGAGAGUAGUUGACACGAUGGCCGUGUGGAACAAGGCCAACUCCUGUAACCUGUCAGAACUGUUGUCGCUGGACGCAAAUGAUCCUGAUGGCAACAGCCGUACUUCAGUAAAGCACAGCCUAGUCAAUCUGUUUUAUGACAGGAGUGUCACAAUAAGGACAAUCAUCCUUUGGCUGAUUUGGUUGACGGGGAGUUUGGGAUUCUACACGUUCACCUUGGAUACUCUUAACAUAGGAAAACAUGAAUUCCUUCUCUACUUCCUACUGAGUGUCAUGGAUAUCCCCGCCUACUUCUUCGUGUGCGUUGGGUCCAUCUGGGUGGGGAGAAGAAUUACUCUGGCCUUCUCCCUUUUCUUUGUGUCGCUGACCUGUGGUGUGGUAGAGCGCCUGCCUACUAAGCACAAGAAUAGCCGUACUUUGAGUGUGAUAGUAAGUUUGGCUGUCAAAUUUGCCAUAGUGUCAGUGUUUGGCCUCGUUUAUCUUUACACAGGCGAGCUGUAUCCAACCAUUAUAAGGUUGACAGCUGUGGGAAGUGGCAACGUGGUGUCCCCUGUGGCCAGCAUCAUCAUCCCCUUCUCCAUGGAGCUCACCCAAAUAUGGGUCUUCCUACCACAGUCGUUAGUUGGAGUUCUGGCCUUUUUGAGUGGACUUCUGUCACUAACGCUUCCAGAAACCCGUGGGAAGCUGCUGGCAACUACUUGGAAAGAUAUGGUACCAGAAAACAAUAGCAGUUCGAACAAAUUGCUCCCCAUAGCUAAUAACAUUAAACUGGAAAAACUGGAAGUGGUUGAUCUGGAGGACUGUGGAGGGGCUGAACGUGCUGUCUAG